GUGGCAGCUCCGGCUUCUCUCUCCAGACAUCAGUCUGAACCGCAGCUCCACCGGAGGACACACUCUGCGCACCAUCUCCCGGGUUUGAACCGCAAAGCAACAAAACAUUUGUCCCCUCCAAAAAAACAAAAAACCAAAGAGCCAGUUUAUGAGCUGCAGAGAGGCGAUGGAUGAAAGGAUACCGCACUUACAGGACAGGCAGUUCAUGGAGCACACGGAUUUUUUGGGUAUGGAUUUCCCUCCGCUCUACAUGUGCAAAUCUAAACGAGGCAUAAAGAGGGAGGACGGCGGGAAGGACGCAUACAAGUUACCGCAUCGGCUCAUAGAGAAGAAGAGGAGAGACAGGAUAAAUGAAUGUAUCGGCCAACUUAAGGAUCUACUGCCCGAACAUCUGAAGCUGUCGACGCUCGGGCAUUUGGAGAAAGCGGUUGUUCUGGAGUUAACGCUGAAGCAUCUGAACGCAUUGACUGCUGUCACUGAGCAGCAGCACCAGAAGAUCAUCGCUUUGCAGAAUGGAGAUCGCUCAAUGAAACCCCCCAUCCAUGCUGAUCUAGAUGCGUUCCACUCUGGGUUCCAGACCUGCGCCAAAGAGGUCCUGCAAUACCUGAGCCAAGCUGAGAAUUGGACCGCCAGAGAACAGAGAUGCGCACAGCUGAUCAACCAUCUCCACAAGGUGCUGGCGCAGUUCCACCCUGAUGCUCCGCCGCUCAAGCAUCAGCUACCCGCCGGGGACGCGCAGAAUGCGCAAAAGUCCGAGGGUCAGGCCAACUGCGUCCCUGUCAUCCAAAGGACCCAGGGAGGGGAGUUUAACGAAAACGACACAGACACGGACAGUGGAUAUGGUGGGGAGGCAGAGAAAAGCGAAAGGAAAGAUAAAGAAUGUGAGCGAAACAAAGCGGUGAAAAUUAAGCAAGAGUUUGGAGGUGACAGAGUGCCCAAGAAAGCUAAAAUGUGCUGGUCUGCCGGGGACCCGACCAGGCCAGAUGUGGCGUUUAUGAACUCUUUGAUGGGAAUAAGUGGUGUACAACAGACACCCAUUUGCAUGCCUUUCUACUUCAUCAAUCCAUCAGCAGCGGCGUCAUGUAUGCCUUUUUUUGACAAAAACAACAUUGAAAAGUACAUGUACCCAGCAGCGGCCGCCCUUGCGUCUCCGUUCCCCUGGCUGUAUCCGGCGCACGCGUCAGCAGCAGCGGCCGCGGCGGCAGCUGCCGCUUUCCCUGGUCUCUCUGCGCACAUCGCCGCUCACCCCAAAGACUCGCAGCUUCAAGACGAGACUGGAUCAUCACGCGAGACCAGGGCGAGCUCACCUGAGGAGUGCGAGGAAACUCCCCUGAGUGACGACGGAGAGGAUGACGUAGAUGACGCGUCCCCAGACAGCAAGAAUAGCCCACAGGAGCAGUUUUCUGCCUGUCAGACCAGCUAAUAAGUCUAUGUACCUCUCUGAGUUUCUGUAUUUACAUUUUUUUUUUUUAUUAUUCAGGCUACUUUUGAAACGGGUAGGUUAUCAUGUAUACAAUAUCUUGGGGCAGCAGGGGACAGCAGUAUGGAAGCCCAGAUCUGCCAUUUUAAAGUAUGAAUGAAACAUGGUAUAAUAAUAUGGGCUGAAAUGUCAUUGUUUUGAGAUACAAAGUCAUUUGCACUGUAGCAGUGUUGCCCAGCUGCAAGAAGGUUCUGGGUUCAAAUCCCAGACUGCAUCAAGUUUGUGUACUCAGGCUUCCUCCCACAGUUAGAUAAUGAUGCUGUUUGAUUAGUGAUCAUGCUAUUUAGGUAUGAGUGUUUUAUUUAUAGUUGCUUUGAAUCAGCCUAUAUCCAGUUACUGCUGGAGAUGGGCACCAGGCCCCUGAGCAAGCUGGUUUUUAGAACAUUUAGAAUAAUGAUUAUGAAAUGCAAGUAUAGGAAAUGGUUUGUUAAAAAAAAUAACAAAAUAGUUCAAAUAGUUUUUUUAUUUACCUAUUUAUUACAAAUUAGAUACAAAGUCAUAUUAACUUCAUAAUUUCAACAUCUGAAGUCAGUUGU